CAUUUCGCACUGUCGAGAUGGAUCCCAUCACCAGCGGUCUCACUAUUCUUCAGCUUGUUCAAACGAUAGCGCAAGCUUCAGCUCUUGUGUUAAAAUAUGUUGCUUCUGUCCGCAACGCUGACUCGUCUUCUCGGAGCUUGCUUAACGAGUUCAGCUCGAUUGGCGGAGUCCUGACCACUGUUAUGGAGAUCGAGAAAGAUGGCACUCUUCCAGACAAUCUCCGUUUUGCACUUUCAAAUCUGAUGGCCGACAACGGCCCAGUCGCGAAAUUACAGAUGGAACUGAAGAAUAUUCUGCCAAACGAACAGGAAACAGGGAAGAUGAAGAAGAUGAACGAAUGGAGGUGGCCGUUCAAGGAAAAGGAAGCAGGAGAAAUUCUCGAUAAAUUGAAAGGAUAUUGCGUCGAGAUUACAGACAUUCUAGCAAUCGAUACAUGGAUCACACUCACCGAAGUCGAUCGAACCAUCAAGAAAGUCAAUCUAGGAGUCCAAGAAGUAGGUCGAGGCAUGAAGAAAGUUGAACUAAAAGUCCAGGAAGUGGGUCGAAACGUUCAGGAAGUUGGCCGAGGAAUCCAGGAAUCAAAAAUGGUUCAAGAAGCGCAGAAGAAAGCCGAAGAACGUGAACAGUUCCUUCGAUGGAUGAAUCCUGUCCCUUGUACCGAAAAGCACCGUACCUCCCGUCGCCAGCGCAACGCUGCGACCGGUCGGUGGAUUUUUCAUGCCGAGCAAUAUGCGGCCUGGAACACAUCCGAUUCCUCAUUUCUGUGGUUGAGUGGCCAGCCUGGGAGUGGAAAGACCAUCCUUGCUUCCGCUGUUAUCGACGAAAUUGAGGGCGGCGGGGAGAAGCUUGGUUAUUUUUAUUGCAAUUUUCGAGAUGACCAGACGACAAACGCAGCUGCAGUAUUGCGAUCUUUGGUUGUUCAGCUCCUCCGGCAAUCUACAGACGACUGGAUCACCAAGAUACGCAAGCCAGAGCAGGAAGAUUCCAAUGCAAAAGUGGAUUUCGUCUCCCUGAAUGAGCUAGGACAACAACAACGUAACGGAGAGCGUUGUUCCACAGAUCUGACAUUUCUGCGACAGCUGCUUGUUGAAGUGUCCAAACUAGUUGACCGACCGGUUCUCAUGAUUGACGCCUUGGACGAAUGCAAGGAUUAUAUUGAUCUGGUGGAACACCUCGCAGACCUUGCCAGAGCUGCUCAACUACGACUUUUCGUCACUGGUAGAAGCAAACCAGACAUACAAGACGCCUUCCAUGAUCUCCCCACCAUGUCGCUGAAGGACAGCGCAGAACAGAUGAAAGCAGAUAUACGUGCGCACAUUACUGAGCAGCUCAAGACUCAGAGGCGUCUGUCAUGCCUACCCGAGACGCUUAGAAAUUUGAUUUCAAAGAAACUGUUAGACAAGGCCGAGGGCAUGUUUCGCUGGGUUCAGUGUCAACUGGACGAAAUUCGACGUUGCGCGAGAGAUAUUGAUAUUAAGGUUGCCCUAAACAAUCUUCCGGCUGGAUUAGACGAAACAUACGAUAGGAUUAUUCACGGCAUCUCACAAAAAGGGCGAGGUUACGACCAAAUUGCCCACCAUUGCUUGCUUUGGCUCGUUGGUGCUCUCACCCCAUUGACGCUUGGCCAGCUCAAUGAGGCUAUGAUGAUCGAUGUCAAGCAAUCAAUUCUUGAUCCGGAUCUCCGCGCCAGUGAUCCUAUGGAUAUCGUGGUCGCAUGCGGAAGCCUUGUGACCUACGACGAGACUACUGGCGUCGUUGCUCUAUCUCAUUAUAGCGUCAAAGAAUACCUGAUCAGUCGUCGCCCUAAUAACAUCCUGAAAUCAACCUCAGACACGCAUGCACGAAUCUUCGAGCUUUUGAUCACGUAUGUGUUAUGUGACUCCGUGCCUGUGACGUAUGCAAAAGGUUCUGCUUCUGCUGUCGGUGGAGAAGAAAACCGUCCAUUGCGGAGCUAUGCAGUUAAAGCUUUGACGCACCUUUGUCAUGUUUCGGAUGAGGAUCCUCGUGUUAUGGCUGCCAUGCAGCGGCUACACUUAGGGUUCCUUCACAACACAGAGAAACAUGCCCUGCUUGAAAGUCUAGUUCGAUCAUUAACGAACGAUGAGCAGUCGAGUGUCACUUCCCCCUCACUUAUACUCGUCCCUCUUCGGUUUGGAAAUCCAUGGAUGGUGGAAACCCUGGUCAAGGAGCAAUCCGACCUCCUGGGCGCGGAUGUCGCCCGUGGUUUUGGUUCUCCCUUGAUUUUUACCAUAGCCUCGAACACUGCCUUUCUCAGCGUCCUCUUGAAGCUGGGCAUCGACCUAAACAAGCCUUCUUUUAUCCAAACCGAUUUGUAUCAUCGGCGGCGUCUUCCUUCAGGCUCCUAUACUCCAAUUUCGUGGGCAGCCGCGAUUGGAAGUAAAGUGGCUGUGGAACUCUUGCUGUCACGAACGGAGGUCACCCUACCAGAUGACAUUCUGCACACAGCCUUUCUGUCUUACCGGCGGUCUCCAGAAAUCGCUCUCAAACUGUGUCAACGCAACGCAGAUGUCACUUUCACCGUCGAUGGCUCCACUCCUCUUCAUGCUUUACUUUCCAAAUUAGUUUCCCGUUGGUCCAACAAAAAAUGGCUACCAGUCAUAGAAAAGCUCGUCCGUGAUCUUUCUGUGCCUGACUGGACCGCCAGAACGGCACUCCACAUUGCCCUCGACAAUCGUCUGAGCGAUAUUGUCGUAUACCUCCUUGAACAGAAUGCACCGCUGACAGCAACAGCAACACUCCAUCCAAACAUUUGGAGCUGGGCGGAAGGUGAACAGUGGUUUACCAAGGUUCAAGCAGCGGCUCUCACUGCUGAUAAACCGUACACCAGAAUUAGGGGGAAGAUCGUCGGUGUUACAAAGCAAUCGCGAGUCGUCGAGUUUCCAGGCGCAGUCAGUGCCAAUCACGGAGACCCCGAACCCAUUUGUGCUGUUGUUGUUUCUGUCAUUGACAGGAGGAAUCCAAGCAGUUCCGUUGUUCAUAGUCUUUCGCGGAUUAAGAGCCUGAGCCUGGAGGCAAGCCUUUUUCGCAGUAAAUUGCUGCAUCAAAACGAAGCACAAGAGUUCCUUGAAAACGACGAAUUCGCUCCACUCAAGUUUUGCUUAUCAUGGAAAAAGAAUCAACAGUAUGUCUCUAGCCGGCUGUUCGAUUAUCAUCAAGGAGAUGCAGUUACCAGCGCUCUACGAAAGUUAACCUGGGAUGAAGAUUCUACUGGCGAUUCCCUUUUUCUUCGGUUAUCCGCAACAAAGAGUAGCUAUUUUGAUGAGCUUGAGUACGCACUUGAUAUCUACCGAGGUCAUCUGCAUUAA